AUGAGUUAUCAAGACAUGUAUCACGAUCAUUCUGCGCGUUCCCCUGGGUCUCAGAGGCAUCAACAACCCCUACACCGUCAACCUUCUCGACAGUUCGAUGCAUAUGGUCCUAUGCCCACCAACAUGUACGAACAAGAUCAGAUGCGUUAUGAGUCCGCUCGCCUCGAACGCUUGAACCCGUCAUUGCAGAACAACUACGGGUAUGAUAUCUCCGGAUCGCAGACUUGGAAUCCCAACGGUUUUGCCAAUGCACAAACUCUCGGAGGAAUUCGUUCGGCUUCCGCUAGUUUGAAGCCUAAUGCCCGUGGACGUGCUGGCCUCCCCACGACAUGGUUGGAUCAGCAACCAAACAUGCCCCAAGCAUUUUCGAACCUGGGUCCUGGUCCCAUUCAGAGCAGCGCUAUGCGACCGGAAGCCUCGGCCUCGUCUGCCGACGACGACGAAUUGAUCCCAACCGCGAUUGUCAUCAAAAAUAUCCCCUUUGCCGUGAAGAAGGAGCAGCUGGUGCAGUUGAUGACGGAACUCAACCUUCCCCUGCCCUACGCCUUCAACUAUCACUUUGACAAUGGUGUCUUCCGUGGUCUGGCUUUUGCCAACUUCACCUCCGCCGAGGAGACAGCAACCGUGAUCGAGGUGCUCAACCACUUUGAGCUACAGGGUCGGAAACUGCGAGUCGAGUACAAGAAGAUGCUCCCCCUGCAGGAGCGGGAACGGAUCGAGCGUGAGAAGCGAGAACGUCGUGGUCAGCUGGAAGAACAGCACCGCCCGAUGGGAGGCGGUCCUCAACUCCAGACGCAGAGCUCCAUGUCUUCCCUCACCUCGCACAUCCCGGCAACCUCCCCGUCGCCCGUGUCCCAGCGUGGACAAAAGAUUGAUGUGGACUUGAACGACACCCAGACCCUUUCCUAUUAUUCCCAACUACUCCUAUUCAAGGAAGAUACUGUUCGCGAUUCCGUGAUCUUCCCCCACAACCUCACUCCCUCCCAGCGUCGUACAGUUCACACCCUGGCCCACAACAUGGGCUUGGGCCAUGCUUCACGUGGCAGCGGCGAACAGCGCCAGGUGCAAGUCUUCAAGAUUGCCGCAGGUGCCAAUGUUAGCCCCCCGACCUCUUCUAUCCCGCCAUCUGGUCAGUCGGACAGUGGUCGUCGUGGCCUUAACCGGGCGGCAACCAUCGACUUCAGCGAGGCUCGCCAAGAGGCUGGGCCUGGCGCUUUCAACACGUUGCGUGGACAAAACUCGGGCUUUUUGGGCGUGAUGGACUCUCCUGGCAACUUCUCCAACGGCCAGAACCUACGGGCUGCCAAGUCUUUUGCCGACCUGCGAUCGUACACCCCUUCGCCCGUGCCUUCCUCGGCUAGCUUCCCGGCCGCGUUGCAGUCCAAUGGCGCCCGCCUCCAGUAUGAGGGUGCGCCCACUGGAACUUCCAACACCCCGACCCUCACCCCUGCCCAGUCUGGUUCUUCCCUAGGCAUGCAGCGUGAUGACCUGCUGGUCAACAGCCUGGGUGGUCUUUCCCUUGGCACCGGUAUUGGUGGGCCUAACUCGAGCCCCCGUCGCCUGCGAGGCAUGUUCUCCUGGGAACAGGAUAACCAACAAUCUAACGCUGGCGCUAUUGGUAGCAACCGUGGCAUGGGUAUGGGAUAUGACAACCAGCAGGAGCGCAUGCCCGUUCGCCAACCCCGUGGCCCGACCCCCGACAAGGGCACCGGAUUUCGCCGCCAGAAUGGCCACCAAGCCCGCGGAAGCGAUGAGCUCCGUACCAACUCCGGAGUAGAGAUCAUCGUGGAGUAG